AUGCCCCCCCAAGUUGGAAAACUACCUAACGAACCCUUUUUUGAGCACUUGAUCAAGGCUUGGAAUGAGGUUCAGCAUGUCGUCAUCCACGACCCUAACAACGGCGUGGAUGCAAACUACACUCAAUUAUUCACCGAUGUGCUGAAUAUGCGGCAGGCCAUCUAUGAAGCGCUCCCUCGAUCGAUGUUUGAUGACAAAUUAAUAAUUGCGGAAGAAACACCAUUCAUUUUUGUUCUCGCUCCAGGAAACUAUGAGUUCGUCGUUGCCUCUUUCGCCAUUCUUGGGCUGGGAGGGGCUCUAGUGCCUUUGUCAACGUCCGUGUUACCUGAGGAAGCCCACCAUCUACUGCAAAAAUGCAACUCAUAUUUCAUCCUCACUGCGUCCCAAUGCCUGAAACACGGCACAGAAAUCCAGGAAUAUGUGGAUUCCCAACCAGACAGCGGAAAGGUCACCGUCAUACCCAUCGCAAUCAAGUGUAGUGCAGUUUCCGUUUCGCAGGUCGAGAUUGAUAAAGACAUGACCAUUGCACGUACUCGACCCAGCCUGGUCUUGUUCACCUCCGGCACCACGGGCCCUCCAAAGGGCGUCGUUCACGACCGGACGAUCUUCUACACAUGCCCGGCCUUGACCAGUCAUGAUGUCUUAUUGAGUCAUCGCCCAGCCCACUGGAUCUCCGGAGCGCUGCCCCUGAUCAUAGGGUUGAUGAGAGGUUCGCGCGUCGAAAUCACGGAGUGUGAUGUCCAAGUGAUCUGGGAAAGGCUACGAAAAGGAGGUGUCACAAUUCUUACUUGUGGCCCUUCCAUGUAUACGAAGCUCAUGAAACAUUUCCAGGAGAGAUUAAGUGCCCUACCCGUUGAAGAGCGCGAUGAAUACAUUCGAGGAGCUCGCGAACUUCGAGUUGCGCGUGUCAGUGGGCAAGUCAGUGCGCCGUCGAUGCUGCGAUUCUGGCGAGAAGUCAUCGGGAAACCAUUGACCAUUUGUUACGGAUCGACUGAGAUGGCUUUGCGCCCUCUCCAAGCUAUUGCCGAUACCGAUGCAUAUAUCGAUCGGUGCAUCGGGAGGCCAGUUCCCGGCGUCACAGUCAAGCUAUCCGAGGGAGACCAUGGGGAGAUCCUGAUCAAGGGGGACUCAUUGUUUUCUCACUAUCUCAACGAUGAAGGCGCUACUCGAGCGGCUUUCGACGAUGAAGGGUUCUACAGAACUGGAGACCUCGCGCAUCGAGUUGGAGAUCAGUAUGUGCUAGAUGGUCGGGCAUCUACGGACUUCGUACGACAUCGCGGGUAUAAGGUCCCUGUGCUGGAGGUCGAAGCGCACCUUCUAGAGCUCCCUUACAUCUCCGAAGCCUACAUUCUGUCCGUUCCGGAUUUGCAGAAUGGAACACGAGUUGCUGCACUCGUUCGUUUGCGAGUCCCGAAGACCUCGCAUGAUGACCCAGAGUCGCCGGAGGAAGAAGCAAAGGUAGACUUACGAACCAUCAGAUUUGACCUGUUGGACAAGCUAUCCAUGUACAAACUUCCAACCCUUUUGCGCAUUUUGCAAGACGGCGAGGCUGUCCCUGAGACCAGGACCGGGAAGCCCGUGCGGAAGCAGGCAGUGGAGAGGUUUUUCCCUGUCUCCGAGGACUUUGCCUUGCCAGCAGAUGUGGAGGUAUGGGAUCUUACGAAGCCCGAGCAAGACCGGCCAGUGCGGGCAUGGGACUGGGCAGCCUUGCAGAACCAAGCCAUAUGA